CCGAUCUCAGUGAUCACGGGUAGGAGGAGGAGUUACGCUAAGACCAGACCAUGUCAUUACCGAGGAAGCAGGCUUAGUCGUUGUCUGAGGACUAUCCCUGCCUCCAGGUCUGGUCCUGACCGGAAGGAUACUGGAAUCAACAAGGGAAACCCACAUGACCUGAAAGUGUUGCUGUGCAAUGCCAGGUCAAUGAUGAAUAAAACCAUUGCCAUCCAUGACCUGAUUGUGGAUGGAGGAUUUGACCUGGCAUGUGUGACAGAGACCUGGUUGGAUGAAGCAGAUGGGCCCGUCCUUGCCGCUGCUUGUCCACCAGGUUUCUCUUACGCACAGCAACCCAGGCCUUGUGGGCGGGGAGGGGGGGUUGCAGUGAUUUUUAGGAAGUCAUUAGUUUGCACCAGGCAUCCUAUUGGGAAGACCCAGUUUUCCGAGUGCAUGUUCUGGAAGUUGGGCAAUAGGGGCAGUACGGGAUUCCUAUUGGUGUACCGACCUCCCCGCUGCACCAAGGAUUCCCUGCCCGAGCUGCUUCAGGUCGUGGCGGAUGUUCUCCUGGAGACACCUAGUUUGGUUGUCCUAGGGGAUUUUAACAUCCAUGCCGACACGACCUUACAAGGGGCCGCUCAGGACUUCGUGGAAAGCAUGGCCUCCAUGGGGCUGUCCCUGAAUAAGUCUGGCCCAACUCAUAGCCACGGACAUGCCUUAGACCUGGUGUUCACCCCUAUGGAUGUUGGUGAUCUGACACUAAGUAAAAGCGAAACCAAAGAAGUGCCAUGGUCAGAUCACUUCCUGGUGCAACUGGACUUCUCCGCGACCCUUCCCCUCUGCAGGGAGGCGGGACCGAUUCAGAUGGUCCGCCCCCGCCACUUAAUGGAUCCAAAUGGUUUCCAGAGAGUGGUAGGGGAUGUUUUAUCCCAUGUUGAUGGCCUUUCAGCUGAUUCCCUGGUGGCCCGCUGGAAUGUGGAGUUAACCAGGGCUAUUGACUGUUUGGCUCCAAAGCGCCCUCUCCGAUUGCAUGGAGCCCAGAGAGCCCCGUGGUUUUCCACGGAUCUGAGGGCAAUGAAACAAUCGUUGAGACGGCUAGAGCGCCGGUGGCAGAUAACCCAUUCUGAAUCUGACCGGACACGGGUUAGAGCUCAAUGUCGAGCCUACCAAGUGGCGAUAGCGACGGCGAAGAAGACUUUCUUCACUGCCUCUAUUGCAUCUGCGGAAAACAGCAGCAGGAGACUCUUUCAGGUGGUUCACAAUUUAGCGGAACCACCUGCAACAUCGGGGCCCAGUAUGGGCCACAUGAUCUCCUGCAAUGACUUUGCAAAGUUUUUUGCAGAUAAAGUCGCUCAGAUUCGAGAAGAGGUAGACUCCACCGUGGGAGCAGGGCUGGGGCGGGAGAGUGCUAGAGUCCUGUCUAGUCAAGUUGUGUGGGAUCAAUUCCAAUCUGUUACCCCCAAGGAUGUGGACAGGCUGCUUGGAUGAGUGAAACCAACCACUUGUCUCCUUGAUCCUUGCCCAUCC